UUUGCUUUCUAUCAUCUCGACGACUUCUCAUUACGAAAGCAGAGGCUGAAGAAAAGAAAAGGAGGGCUGCGCGGAGUUGGGUCUAUUUUCUAAUCGAGUUGAAAGGAGCGACAUCGUAGCAGGGGAUCAUAUCUAUGCUUGGAGAUUUCUUUUUUCUGGAUCAUAUCUAUGCUUGGAGAUUUCUUUUUUCUUACGCUCAUCACGGCAUUUACAUUGGUGAUGGCCUAGUUAUCCAUUUCACGGCGCCCCCUGGAAAACUCACGGGUUCAAGUCCUUCUUCGAGUCGUUCAGCUCCCGAGGGCCCACAAAAAACUUGUCCAAAUCACCCUCAUUGCGGAAGUCGAAAACAUGGGAGCGGGGUAUCCAUCACUUGCUUGGACUGCUUCAUAGGAAAUGGAUCCUUGUAUCGUUACGAAUACGGAGUCACACAACUUCAUUUCCGGUUUCAACUCCGAGGUGGUGCGUGCACAGCUGCUCAAUCCGACCCGGCAAGCACCGUGGUCCAGAGGGCCAAGUAUCUGUUCGAAAAUGGAUUCGGAAACUAUCACUUGGUUAAGAAUAACUGCGAGGGAGCGGGAAGGAGUGGUCAAAUAGCUACUCAUUUGUCACUGUUUCCUAAGUUAUCAGCAACACUUUAUCCUUCUUCCAAGGGAACGUUUGUCGACCGAGUUCAUAAGUUUAGCAAGGGUAGUUAUGCCAAUGACAUUGGUGUUCGAGACGAUGUUAUUAAGGCGCCGGGUGAGGACAUGGACAAGUUCCAUCGUCAUUUUGGUGGCAGCUUAAUCCUGGCCACUCUAAGAUGAAAUCGAUUUCUGAAUUAAUUGGUUCAUUGUGCUGAGAACCGCUUUAUAAUAAAGAAUAUUGUUAAC